UGUGUGGAGGAGUAUAGGCUGUGCUGUCAGCCCAGUGUCAGUCUGAUGAAGAUUGGCAUGCAGGCUGUGACCGGAGAUUUGGAUGUUUGGUGCGGGCCAGCUGAAUUCUCGAUGUGAAGCUGUCCCAUGAUGCAACAUGAUUCCCCACCGCCUGCAGUAACAAUGAUGGCCACCCAGAGCGUUCCUCCUCCAACAUACCAGGAAAGUCAACAGAUGACGGGCACAACUCAGCAGAACUCCAAGACCCCACAGGUCCAUAUCCCAGCAGCCUCUGCAGCAGGAAAUAACUCUGUCAGUGUGACCCUUGACCCCCAGGCCCAGCUUGAGUCUGACAAGAGAGCUGUUUACAGUCAUUUUCAAAGACAUCCGCUGUUCCCCCUGCUGGCUCUGCUGUUUGAGAAAUGUGAACAGGCCACGCAGGGAUCCGAGUGUAUCACGUCGGCCAGCUUCGAUGUAGACAUUGAAAACUUUGUUCACCAGCAAGAACGAGAACACAAGCCCUUCUUCAGUGAGGAUCCGGAGCUUGACAACUUGAUGGUGAAGGCUAUCCAGGUAUUACGGAUCCACUUACUGGAGCUAGAGAAGGUCAAUGAGCUCUGUAAGGACUUCUGCAAUCGCUACAUCACCUGCCUCAAGACCAAAAUGCACAGCGACAACCUUUUGCGCAACGACCUCGGAGGGCCCUACUCUCCGACCCACACCAGUCUCAGCAUGCAGCAGGAACUAAUUCAGACCUCCUCUCCAUCCAUGACCUCUGUCUCCAGUUCUGUUAACUCUUCAGGGAUUGUGGUGCCCGCCGGAGGUCUGCAGCAAAGCAACGUCGCCAUGACCACCAUCAACUCACAAGUGGUAUCAGGUGGAACCUUGUACCAGCCGGUUGCCAUGGUGACAUCGCAAGGGCAAGUGUUAACGCAGGCACUACCUCCAGGAACCAUCCAGAUUCAGAACUCGCAGGUAAAUGUGGACUUGUCAUCUCUUUUGGACAGUGAAGACAAGAAGUCAAAGAACAAGAGAGGGGUCCUGCCCAAACACGCCACCAACAUCAUGCGUUCCUGGCUCUUCCAGCAUCUCAUGCAUCCAUACCCAACAGAAGAUGAGAAGAGGCAGAUUGCUGCACAAACAAGUCUCACCCUCUUGCAAGUGAACAACUGGUUCAUCAAUGCCCGGCGCCGUAUUCUUCAGCCCAUGUUGGAUGCCAGUAAUCCAGACCCAGCUCCUAAAGCGAAGAAAAUGAAGUCCCAGCACCGCCCCACACAGCGCUUUUGGCCAGACUCUAUCGUGGCUGGAGUACUACAGACGCACAGAUCUCAGACAGUGAACAACUCAGAAAACCCGCUCAGCAUGGACGGCCUCCAGUCGCUGUCCUCAGACUCCGCCACCCUGGCCAUGCAGCAGGCCAUGCUGGGGGCCGACGACUCCAUGGACGGCACGGAGGACGACGAGGACGAGGAGGAGGAGGAGGAAGAGGAAGGCAUGGACGAAGAAGAAGAAGAAGAGGAGGAGGAAGAAGGAGAGGAGGAACACGACAGAGGAAGGCAACUGUCCGGCAGGGGAGGGGGACGGAGAGAGCUCAGCAUGGAUGCAGGAGACGAGCUGGAGUAGUCGGACAGGAAGAGGGAGAGGGCAGCGUGAACUUUGACCCCCAGCUGUCAGCUUAAUGUGAGACCCUUUCACACCACGACGGCCUGGCUCUAAUGCCAAACAACUCCUGCUUCUUUAAGGCCACAUUGCAUCUCCACCGCAGGCAAAAUGUCCUGUUUGUAGACAACAAAGUUUAGCUCACUGACAAAUUUGUGUUGUUGCAUCUUCAUCAUUGUACGUCAUCAUUCAGCGAGCCGCUGGGAUGUUUGGUUGGUAGCACAUUUUUGGACUUCACAGCUUGGGUUAGUUGUGGAAAAGAAACAAUCCCUGUUUAAUACAUUCUGGGACAUUUUGAAAAAAAAAAAAGAGAGAGAGAAAGCUGCACAGAACAACGAAAAGUGUGAGGAGUUUCCAUGCAUCAAAAAUCUUAAAAUCUGCACAGGAAGAAUUUUUGAUGAUUUGUGGGGACAGAUAUUAAACUGAAUGUAAUAUUUUGGCACCUGAAGUUCCUAAAAAAAAGAAAAAAAAAGAAGUCUGUAGAAUGUUUGUUUUUUUUCUCUUAAUCUUGUUUUUACCAACAGGAAGUUUAGCAGCAAAAUGUGUCAUCUUAUUUUCUGAAACAGGGGCGGGGUGGAGGAGGAAAAGGUCGACAGGAAGGAGGGAGGCUUUGUGUUUUGCGUUCCAAAACACCCGCAGAAGUGAGCUCGAAGGGAGCUCCCACCGCUGGGACACGGCUCGCGCGUUUAAAAAUGACUCCGAGGUUCUCAGGUCGAACAGAGUCUCUUCCUCACAGGCAUGACCCCUGAAUCGACGCUGCAGCAAAUCCGCAUUUUCAGCAUGACGUUUUAAAACUCGCUCGGUUUAUAGUUUCUUCUUCUGUGAGCCAAAAAAAAAAAAAAACGAAAAACACACACACCGGGGGGGAGGAAAAAAGACAAAUAGUUGUUGUACACCAGUGUAUACUGACUGCUCAUACAGUAUGUAAAUUGGAUUUUUCCCUCUGUUUGCAUCCUGAUGUUGGGAGGUUUGCAUAUUUAUUCACUUCUAUUUGUGUGUCUGCCUGCGAAUGUGCCCUCACAGAGUAACUUGAGCAAAGGUGACAGUUUCUGACUCAAAAGAAGUGGCCGCCAUGUACAUAUGUACUCGAAUCCAGAAAUAACGGCCUGUGUAUUUUUUAUUACCUUGCUGGAAUCAUCGCGUCACCACGGACUUAUUGUAACAGCAGAAAUCCCACAGUGACAGCUGGAAACUUCAGAGCUGAGAGACAUUUUUAGCAAAAAAAAAAAACAACAAAAAAACAAACAAGCAAAACAGAGAAGGCGUUUUGAGAAAACUGGGAAUCACAUGAAAUUCUUUUGUCCAGAACACAAACGUGAUCAGUCAUUUCUAAUGUGAAAAUGUUUAACACGGAAAAAAACCACGCAGAAAAACUCAUGCUGUAUUGAAUGUUCUGAUAGUUCAUUGUGAAAUACUUUGCUCAUUAAUAUUCUUUUCUUGAUCGCCUUUUUUAAUGGAUCUUCCAGAGCAACUAGGGGAAUAUUUCUAUUUCAUUUGUACACUUUGUUGUCAAAAUCUAUUGUGUUUCAAUAGAUCAGUUUUAAUAAUUAAAACAUGUAAAUCUGA